GUACUUUUCACCGUUGGUUUUGUCGGUAAUGUUUUGAACUUCCUAGUUUUCCAGAGACUUGGAUUUCACGAUACCGUCAACAUCAGCAUGACGGCCUUGACCUUGGCCGAUUUAGGAUCACUGGUCCUGGUGCUGUGGAAAAAUAUUUGCUAUUUCCCACCAUUUUUCAAGUCAGAUCUGCCGUUUGUUCCAUGGGAUAUUGAAAGCGUUAUGGGGGGUUGGCCGAGAAUAUGUCUCAUAAGGAUAGCCGCCAUGAUCACCGCCUACGUCACGCUAGAGCGGUGCCUCUGUAUUACGCUGCCAUUGAAGGUCAAGGCUGUUCUGACGCCAAAGCGAGUCACGUGCAUUCUUCUCAGCAUCGUUCUCAUCAUGGUCAUCAGCGUUGCACCAUUACUUCUUGAGACUCGGUUUGUGUUCAAGUUCUAUUCGUUCUCAAACAAGACACUACUUGCUGUUAGUUACACGGACAAAUGGGAACAGACAGAGAAUACGAUGCUGGCAUUCAGCACGCUCUACAACCUAAUCUCGUUCAUCUCUAUCGCAAUUUUCACGGCCAUUCUCGUUCGUCAGCUGAACAUAAACACAAAAUGGCCCCAGGCGCCCGCCUGUGUUGGCAAACUACAGACCAAAAGUUCUAAAAAGGAAAGAAAAGCCUCUAAAAUGGUAACCUUGAUUUCAACGUUAUUUAUCGUUUGCUUUUUCCCUGGCACGGUCUCACUCGUGUGCUCGAUGACCAGUGCAGAAUUCCGACCAGGUGGGACUUACUUUUACGUCACAACAGAUACAAUAUUGGCAAGUCAAAUUUUAGAAACCAUCAAUGCUAGCUCCAACAUGUUCAUCUACGUCAGAAUGAGCUCAAAAUUUAGGAAAGAGUUCAUCCGAUUGCUUUGUGGUCGCCAGAAG